AUGGAUGCUACUAAGGAGGUGCCUAUUGCUGGCAAUGAGGGAGAUAAUGCUGCUGCUGCUGCUGACAUUUAUCUCAACCUUGAAGACUUCGUGGUUGACAUGGAGAUCAAUGGAAAUCAGUACAGGGAGAUUCGGCGUGGAAACCUCUAUCAGCCUGCUCCUGCAGCAGAGCGAGUCGCCAACGCCGCUAACAGCCAGUCUGCACGUGCUGCUGCACCUCCUGCUGUUCCUCCUCCUUCUAGAGUACGUGUUGAGCCUCCUGCUGUAGCAGCAACUACCUUUGGCUCCUGCCCUUCGGCCCUGCCUCGUUUUGUCCAUGGCAAGACCGACGUCGAGACUUGGCUCUCCGUUGCGAAGGACUUUAUGUCCAUCCACAAUGUGCGUAGUGAAGCUCGUGUGGUCGCUGCAACCCUUGCCUUGGACGACACUGCGAGCAAGUUGGUGUAUGCCAACAAGCGUCACGCAGAGGCUAAUGGCCAUCCUUUUGGCUGGGAGGAGUUCAAAGCUGCCAUGCUGGCGGCAUUCCUGAGUCAGCCCCCGGCGCUCGAGGUGCGUAGCCGCCUGGAGAACAUCCAGUGCGGUGACCAGCCUGUACGCGAGUACGCCAAGGAGUUUGAGAAAAUUCUGUCGCUGCUGAAGACUGCUCUUCCUGAGAGCGAGGUCAUCCACCAGUUCUUCAAGGGACUCCCUGAGCACAUCGAGCGUGUGCAUGUUGUGCGCGGGGAGCACCAGUGGAGGACCUACAAGGAGUGCAAGGAGCAGGUCAUUGACACGGAUGUCAAUUUCCGUGCGUACAUGACUCACGCUCGUGCUCAGCAGCAGCCUAGUGCCGAAGGCCCUAGGGGGGGUGGUAGCAGGACUCAGGCACACAGGAGCGGUGGCUCUUGGAAGAGGCCCUAUCAGCAGAAGGGGGAAUCCUCUGGGACUCAGUCCAAGAGGGCCCAUGCUGGGCCUGCCAAGGAUCCUCAGGAUGAGGAUAAGCCCCCGGCGGGCUGCCGCAUCUGUGGCAAGCUCGGCCACAAGUCCUAUCAGUGCCGUUGA